AUGAAUAUCUCCCAGAUGACCAUGAAAGAUUUAAAAAUGCUAAUUCAGGAAAGUAUGCCACAGGCAGUAGCUCAGACGGUGAGAGCAACAAUUGAGGAAGUUUUACCUGCGCUUAUUAAGAAGGAAAUAGAACCAAUACAGAAUAUAACUGAGCAAAUUAAAUUGGAGACUGAAGAAAUUAAAAAGCAACUGAUAGAGAACAAACAAGAAAUAUCACAAAUGAAAGUCAAUAAUGAGAAAAUAAAAGGGAAAGUAAGUGAUUUAGAUUUUGAAGUACAAGUACUGAAAAGUAAAAAUGAACAAAUAGAAGAAACACUGAUUAAUUUAGAGAUGGACAAGGCAGCUUUAAUAAUUAGGUGCCAAAAUAUUCCAGAAAGUGUGGAGAAAAUUUUGAAGGGUCUGACUCCUGCUUCCAAGAUGAACAGAUCUGUGCACCAGCUGAACUCUUCUGGCAGCAGUGAAAGUAACAGUUGGCACCUAGUGCCUAUCAUCAUUCCCUUAGUGUAUUCAUUGAUUUUCUUCGUUGGCACAGUGGGCAACUCUCUGGUGCUGGCAGUGCUGCUGAGAAACAGGCAAGUCACCAAUACCACCAAUCUCUUCAUCCUCAAUCUGGGAGUGGCCGACUUGUGCUUUAUUGUCUUCUGUGUGCCCUUCCAGGCCACCAUCUACACCCUGGAUGACUGGAUCUUCGGGCCCUACAUGUGCAAAGUCGUGCAUUUCUUCAUCUAUUUGACCAUGUAUGCCAGCAGCUUUACCCUCACAACUGUAUCCCUGGACAGGUACUUGGCAAUAAGGUACCCGUUGCAUUCAAGAGAACUAAGAACACCCAGGAAUGCUCUCAUAGCCAUUUGUCUCAUUUGGGGUCUUUCGUUCAUCUUCUCUGGACCAUAUCUCAGUUACUACCAGGAAUUCCAGAUAGCCAAUGUUACUGUCUGCCAUCCCAUUUGGAAAAUCUCUAAGCGCAAAGUCAUGGACCUCUGCACUUUUGCCUUUAGCUAUGUCAUCCCAGUGUUAAUUUUGAGCCUCACCUAUGUGAGGACCAUCCGUUAUCUCUGGACUUCUGUGGAUCCCAUUGAAGACAUGUCUGAUUCUAAGAAGGCCAAGCACAAGGUCACCCGAAUGAUCAUCAUCGUGGCUGUUCUCUUCUGCAUUUGCUGGCUGCCCCAUCACCUGGUUAUCCUCUGUUUUUGGUUUGGCUAUUUCCCACUGAACAAUUCCACCUAUGCACUUAGGAUUCUCUCCCACCUGAUUUCAUAUGCCAACUCCUGUGUCAACCCCAUUGUCUAUGCUUUGGUAUCCAAGCACUUUCGAAAGGGAUUCAAGAAGAUCUUCAGCUGCCUCUUGCACAAGAGAGUAGUCAAUAAAGUCCAUGUGGCACAGGUGACCCACACUGUUAGUACCUUGGAAGCAGAUCUGACUGAGGUGACCCAUGUUAGUGAUCCCACACAUGCCAGGGCGUCUUCCUUCUGUCAAUUUCCUGUCCAGACAUGGAGAGAGACAGAGCAUCCGAGACAACAAAAGAAAUCUGCCAAUUCUUUCAUCACCUUCAAUGUCACUUAG